AUGUCGCCUCAAGCCCUCGACCCCACAACGCCGAGCUUCAACGCUCCGUCACACGACAACGGUGCGAACGUCAACGGCGCCGGCUACCAUGCCUCGCUCGGCAACGGCACGUUCGGCCUUAAAGUCAGUUGAGCUGCUUGCCCUGUUGAUUUAACCCUUGCACUGACUUCUAAGUGAAUUUCCAAUCUAGUCCGGUCUCGCACAAAUGCUCAAAGGCGGCGUCAUCAGCAAGUCCGGCUUUCUCCCUUCGCUUUGCCACCACAGAAGAAAACAGGGGGGAUAUCUGAGCUCAUUUCAGCUGGCCGUCUCCUCUUCUCAUUCCAACUGCAGUGGAUGUCGUGAACGCAGAUGAAGCACGCAUCGCUGAAGCCGGCGGGGCCUGUGCUGUGAUGGUACGUCGCUGCUCAUCGUCGCUGCCCCUCUCGAUCGAUUGCGAGAGACCGACCGCUUUUUCCCCUCCUCAUCGUGGCGUCCCUGUCUCCUCUCGCAGGCUUUGGAGCGUGUCCCUUCCGAUAUCCGACGAGAUGGUGGAGUCGCUCGCAUGUCGGACCCCAAGAUGAUUAAAGAGAUCAUGGAGGCUGUCUCUAUCCCCGUACGGACCGUGGUGGGCUCUCCUGACUCAGUUUUCUCACUUCCGAAGUUGACCGACACGGAGACGCACCCAUGUUCCACAGGUCAUGGCCAAGUCGCGGAUCGGUCACAUUGUCGAGGCUCAGAUCUUGCAAGCCAUCGGAGUCGACUACAUAGACGAGUAAGUCGCGUGUGCCCCGUGCCCGCUUCGUGGCCUCUCUUUCCCCUCGCCCUCCCUCCGAAUCGGGCCCCUGACGUCGCCUCCACUUCCGCCUUUAUGCAGAUCCGAGGUCUUGACCCCUGCCGAUCCCUCCCUCCACGUCGACAAGCAUGUGAGUGCCAGCACGAGUCUUUCUGAGAUCGUUUUUGGGCUCGUAUACUGAUACAUUGUCCCGUCCACUCCUCGCAAUAGGCUUUCAAAGUGCCUUGUGAGUUUUAGCCCGGCACUUGGCCGUCUUUGGCGACGCGGAGCUCUGCGCCGCCAGUAAAUCACACCGUUGGAAGGAUCACGAACCGUUUUAGCAUACGGUAACUGACCUGACAUUCUGUUUGCACAGUCGUCUGCGGGUGCAAGGAUCUUGGAGAGGCACUGCGACGUAUCUCGGAGGGUGCGGCUAUGAUCCGAACAAAGGGUGAGUCCGCAAUUUUCACACCCGUCAUGUUUGAGACCUGACCACAUUUAACAUGAAACCCUCUUUUGCGUCGAUAAUCUCCAGGUGAAGCAGGAACGGGUAAUGUCAUCGAGGCCGUGCGCCACGCCCGCGAAGUCAACGCCGCGAUUAAGCGCGCAACGACCGCGUCCGAGAUCGAGCUGUAUAACAUGGCCAAGGAGCUCUCGGCGCCGAUCGAGUUGUUGCGCGAGGUGCGAGCGAUCGGGCGUCUCCCUGUUGUCAUGUUUUCUGCUGGUGGGAUCGCGACACCCGCUGAUGCGGCGUUGAUGAUGCAACUUGGGUGUGAUGGUGUUUUUGUGUACGUGCUCAACGUUAAGAUUUACCUUGAAGGUACACUACAGCAUGGACUGACUUCUUGACCUUACUUGAUUUCACCUUCCUCAGUGGUUCCGGCAUCUUCAAAGCGGAAAACCCGGCUCUGCUCGCCAAAGCGAUCGUCCAAGCGACGACGCACUACAACGACCCUCUCAUCCUCGCUCAAGUAUCGGAAGGUCUUGGAGCCGGUAUGAAGGGUGAGGGCAACUUGCGACAACCUGGGCAAGCGAUGACCGCCGAUCGCGGGUACUGA